AUGGGGGAGUCGCAGAAGCGAGCGCUUCAGUCCUACGCCGACCGUUUGCUCAGACUCAUCGAGUUCAACUCUGCUACUGAGGAAGAUUUUAUCCAGGUUGCUCAAAGUUUUGAGGCAUCGAGGAAGAGAUGGCAGCAGACUGAGAAGGUGCUGAGGGAGAAACAGGAGACUUUAUUGCGAUGUGAGAUCGAUCGCUCAGCGCUGCAGGUGAAGCUGAAGCAUGCCCGCAAUCAGGUGGACGUGGAGAUGAAGCGCCGUCAGAGAGCAGAGACCGAGCUGCAGACUGUGGAGCGUCAGAUGCAGCUGAUUGGGGAAGUUAUACAGAUACAGAAUGAUGGUCAGACCACAGUGCCUCUUAGCGACUCUGUUUUGGCGUUCUUCGGGGGACCCCGCUCCAAUCCUGCAGCCCAUGGAGCUGGAAACAGAUUGUCCAUGGUAGACGAGUCUUGCGGUUCCUUUCUGUCGGACAUCAGCUAUGACCAGACUGACGAUGACCUGGAUCUGGAGGAAUUUUCAGGGAAACCUGUGAAACUGAAGCCCCGGGAAAGAAGGCGGUCCUCACUUUCUCCCCUGUUUGCUCCGUUUGUGAAGAAACCUCGGCCGAGUUUAACAGCUGCUAUCGUAAAUGAGAAUAUUAAGGAAGCAAUUAUUGCAAAAACCACCAUGUUGAUUAGAGACUCCGGUCCAAUCCAUGCCACGUCCUCCAUUGAGUCUGUACCACGCCGACGAUCGCGCAAGAGUAAAGCCUUCUCAUGCAUGCAAGACCAGUCUAUAUUACCACAAAUAAAUGAGGCGGAUCAAGAAACUGAACCAGAAUUGCCUCAACCCAACAACCCAGCACAAGCGCACGUCUUCUUGUCCAAAACGAUGAUCCGGGCCGAGCAGUGCUCCGUCUGCGGCCAUAAGACCCGGUUUGGGAAGAUGUCUUUAAAGUGCAGAAACUGUCGGAUUUUAAUACAUCCUGAAUGCCGAGACUUUUGCCCCAAGCUGUGCCCUUCCACCUCUGUGCCCUCUCAGAACACGGCACCAAAAAAAGGACAGGUGCUGCUGUCUGACUUCGCCCCGACCACUCCUCCUAUGGUGCCCAGUCUGGUCAUUCAAUGUGUAAAUGAAAUUGAGAAGAGGGGUCUGAAUGAGCGGGGUCUCUAUCGUAUCUCUGGUGGUGAGCGACUGGUAAAGGAAAUGAAACACAAACUUCUCUAUGGGAAAGCGAAGGGUCAUCAACUGGCAAAAGAAGAUAUUCACGCUGUGUGCGGCGUCUUGAAGGAUUUCCUGCGGAACCUGACAGAGCCUCUCCUCACCUUCUCCCUGCACGCCCAGUUCCUGGACGCCGCCGAUAUUCUCAAUGAAAGUGACAGUAAAUGUGAGAUCUGCCAGGCUGUUCAGGAGCUUCCCCCUGCAAACAGGGACACGCUGGCCUUCCUCAUCCUGCACCUGUACAGAGUGAUGCGGAGUCCAGAAUGUCAGAUGGAUAGGAUGAACUUGUCUCGGGUCUUUGGUCCGACCAUCGUUGGUUAUUCAGUGCCUGACCCCAGCCCUCUGGUAAUCAUGCAGGACACCCCCCGACAAGCCAAGGUGAUGUCUCUGCUGCUCUCGCUGCCCUGCGGCUUCUGGAAUCAGUUCUUGUCCAACAAUCGGGAGAAUCAAAAUUGUGACUCUGUGAGCAUGGCGCAAGAGCGUCUGUUUCGUCCACUGACCUCGCCUGAGAUUACCACUACACCCACCCUUUCCCUGAAACACAGAGGGGGGUCUCCUCACUUAACAGAGUCUGCAAGCAAGAGUGAGCUGCCAAAGAAGACUGGAAGGUUUUUCACUUCUCCUAACGCCUGAAGGGGUUAACGCUGCACCUUCUGUCGUCUGCACGUAUCACACUUAAUAUACCUGUUCACCGUCCCUUGUGUGUUUUGGAUGUCUAUGGACGACACUGUAUAGGAGAAGUGCUGACCGCCUCCUGAGUGUUACCUCCCUGGAGAAUAAUAUAAAAUGUAUAUCAUAUUUAUAGGAAAUAAAUUAUGGAAGCAACAAGUUUUGGGGUUUAUUUUUCCUUUCGCUGCAUUCAUUAUUCUGGGCCUCGCUCGUUGCCAACAGAAAGUAGAUAGACUUCUAAAGUUGCUUCAUUUUAGAUGAAUUGGAAUUGGACAGUGGGUUUGAAGGUGGAUGUGUAAGUCUGACGUGAGGAAAGGAUCCUCAUUUGCUCCACAGAGGACGUUGCAGGGAUUGUCCGCUUAUUUUAUACCGAUGGCCUAUAUUCAGUGCCUGACUGGCAGGGGUCCAGACCGUAGUCAUAGGCUUUAAACCCCACACCACUGAACAUGUACAGUGCGGGUUUAUGGCUGCUGUAGCAUACAGUGCUCAUGUCAGGAAUUAGACGCCUAGUAAUCAAAUGUUGAUGACCUAUCCUCAUCUAUAGUCCUGGACAACACCUCUAAGGAGUUAGUUUUG